GAAAUGGCGGAGAUGGGGAAGGAUCAGGUCAAUAGCACGCUGGAGUUGGAGAUGGAUUCUGCAGCAGCGAGGGGCGUGAUACACAUACGCGGAGUUGGACGGGCGCUGCAUCUACAGGCGCGGUGGAUCCUGCAGCAAGAUCUGGUCCGUGACGGAGAGAUGGAGGUUGCAAAAAUUAAAAACCAAGGGCCAAGCGGUGGACACUGGCCUGGACUCAGCCAGCUGCGGCUGACGACGCUCAGGCGUCCCAAGGUUCUGACCAAGGUGCUGGCGGCGGUGCUCAUCACCACGCAAGUGGACGCGAACUAG